UCGUAUUUAUUUCAAAUUUCAAGACAAACUUCAAUAGUGUUUUUACACAAUUCCAAUUGAUAAAGACAACAUAAUCUCGACAUGAAUAGUAAAUAACAAGGUACAUAAAAAAAAAAGAAAAUAAAAAGAUAUACCAGACGAACGCAUUUAGCACAAAACCAAAAUAUACUCUUUUGUACUUUUUGAACGAGUCUAAAAAAGGGAGCAAAUAAAUGUGCUGCUUAAACUAGUUGUAGAGUGCUUUGUCUGGCGUUGGCAGGCAAUAAAUUUUGAAUUUUUGAAUCGAGUACAAACAGAAAUGCGCAUUUGAAUUGUAUACUGGUUUUCGUGCCCCAACAAUGUUCAAGCAGAGCUGCACCAACCUGACAACAAUACCCAAGCAACGUGUGCGCCAGUGGCUGAGCACCUUUGAGACCGUUGUGUUCGAUGCGGAUGGAGUGCUGUGGCACUUUAAUAAGGCGAUCGAUGGCUCCGUGGAGGCUUACAAUCAGAUACGGGCGAGUGGAAAACGCAACUUUAUUGUGACCAAUAAUUCGUCAAUGUCCAGCGAUAAACUGGUGAAGAAGGCCAACGAUAUGGGCUUAGAUGUAGACAAGAGUCAUAUUCUUAGCUCAUCAAUGUCCAUAGCCAACUAUCUGAUGACCAAAAAUUUUCAAAAGAAGGUAUAUGUUGUGGGCGAUGCCGGCAUUACCGAGGAGCUGGACAAGCUGGAUAUAUGUUCUUUUACCGUUGCGCCCGAGCAGCAGGAGAAGCCCAUGCAUCAAGUUUCUAUGGAAAUGGUAAUGGAUCCGGAUGUUGGUGCAGUUGUUGUUGGCAAGGAUGACACAUUCAAUGUGACCACCAUAAUCAGAGCUUGCAACUAUCUGCGAAAUCGAAAAACCCUCUUCCUGGGCACCUGCCUGGACACGCUCUAUCCCAUUGCCAAUAAUCGUAUCAUUAUUGGGGCAGGGGCAAUGAUAGCGGCAAUUAAAACUGUAAGUGGACGUAAGCCGCUUAUUAUGGGCAAACCCAAUCCCUGGUUAUUGAGGGAGCCAGUUACCUGUGGUGUUAUAAAUCCGGAAACUACACUAAUGAUCGGCGAUACUCUUGCAACAGAUAUUUUGUUUGCGCAUUACAAUGGAUUUCAAUCACUUUUCGUGGGAACGGGUGUUAACAGCCUGAAGGAUGUGGAAAAGUUGCGUAACAGCGGCAACGAGAAAAUGAUGCACAUGGUGCCUGAUACCUAUUUGCCCAAGCUGUGUUUUAUAAAUGAAUUUCUACCAUAAUUGAGCGUAAAUAAACCGAAAGGGGAUGAGCUAAACUGGCAAGUCAUCGAACUCGGCUCAGUUUUUGUACCAUUUUAGCUCAUCCUUUGCUUUAAUUUCU